AUGGAGUGAUGCAGAAAUGGGGAAUCUAAGUCUAAAUGCUUUUCAUGUUACGGUCAUCGCUGUUUUACUUUUACAGACCGUUUUCAGCGAAGAUCAAACCGUAGCUCAUGUGGAUCAGACAAAAUCAUCCGAAACACGUGACAGUAAAACGAGUGAAACUGAAAAGAUUACUGAACAGACUGACACUCAGAAAUCUACAGGUGAAACGUCCGGUAAAAUACCAGUAUCAUCAUGGCAAAUGUACAUGAAAGUUUUUGAACAAAACAGAGCAGUGCAGUUGGAAGCAGUCAAAAACAUGCAAGCGUAUGGUAAAUACGAACAACGUUACCAGCUAGCAGAUAUUGUUAUAAAGCAAUUGAUGAAGGUACUUGCUGAGGCCAAAGUCAAUGUGACCCAGUGGGGAUUUGUACCUGGUGACCCAUACCCAGAAGAGACCCAUGUCCGUGAAGCUGUCUCUAAGGUGAUGGAGAACACGGCCAUGUUUGGUGACCUAGCUUUACGUCUCCCAGAUAUUGUUCACAGCCUGUACGAUAAGAACCGUGAGUGGCAGGAGCUGAUAGCCUGGGGUGUUUGGUUCUGUAACCAGACACAGGUCUUUGAGAUGUCCAGUGCCAGCGCCAUGCUUCUUAACCUGAUGUCUCAAGAGUUGAACCUGAUAGAGAGAGACAGGUUGUACAUCAAUCCAUUUACAGAGGAAAAUUUGAAGCUUCAAGAAGAAGAGAUUGCCAAACGUUUAGAUGCCAAAAAGCAGAUAAAAUUGGAGAAGAAAAAGAAAAAAGAGAAAAAGCGUGGCCCAAGGAUGAGUGGAUCAGCCAGAGUUGAACUCUGAAAUCUUCUUUGCUGUCUUAUGAUGGACUCUUUAUUGCCUACUUAUGCAGAACAGCAAGAGUUGUGUUUGUAAAAAUUCACAUGGGGUGUUUCGCCCUAUGUUACUGGUUA